UACUAAAGAUAUGCCGCCACUCCACACCGUGGAAAAGGUGGGCUUCAAACAUUUAAUGAAAACGGUGGAUCCAAGGUACAGUUUACCGUCAAGAAAACAUUUCUCCCAGACGGUCAWACCUGCAAUGUAUGAGGCUACAGGGGGAGAGGUAAAAAAGAAARUGUCUUCUGUCGAGUUGUUUGCCUCUACCACAGAUCUAUGGAGUAGCAGGAAAACUGAACCUUAUAUUAGCCUGAUGGUCCAUUUCAUUGCAUUAGACUGGACUCUAAACAGUGUUUGCCUUCAGACUAGCUUUUUCCCAGAGGACCAUAGUGGUGAAAAUAUUGCUGGUGGCCUGAAGGAAUUCCUGGAAGAUUGGGAUUUGGAUGAGAGCAAACAGGUGUGCCUGACCUCAGAUAACGGCUCUAACGUGGUGAAGGCAGCCAAGCUGAAAAACUGGACACGACUCCCCUGCUUUGGGCACAUCCUCCACAAUGCUGUUG